CAGCUAGGUGGCGCCGCACCACACGCUGUCCUAUGGACUUGAUUAAUUGGUGUUACCGUCCACCCUCGGCCGGAGGAGGGAAGUUGCCCUCCUGCACCUCUGAGCAGGGAAUCCUCCUCGUCAGUAGCAGAGCAGCUCAUGUGGAGGAAACAGCGAGGACAGAGAGCAGCUAGCAUGCGCGGACAAUUCACGUAAAUGGCGCGAUUUAAAAGGAGUUUAUACCAGCGUCUGCUGUUUGUCGUUUUUCUUCCAAUCACAGGUGUGUUGAGCUUUAGUGAGUUGUUUUUCAUCAAGGAGCCCCUCGAUGUCACCGUCAUACGGAAAGAAGCAGCUAUUUUGGACUGUCAGGCGCGUGGAGAGGCGCCCAUCGACGUCAGAUGGCUCAAGAGCGGAGUACAAAUCGCGGAGAAUGAGCGGGUGUACCUGCUCUCCAACGGCUCCCUUUUUAUUUCAGAGGUGGAGAGCAGAAGAGGAGACAAAUCAGACGAAGGGUUUUAUCAGUGCCUUGCUCAGAACAAGUAUGGAGCAAUCCUGAGCCAGAAAGCCCACCUUACAAUCGCAAGUAUUUCCUCAUUUUCAGUCCAGCCGACGUCUAUUGUGGCGACUGAAGGCUCAGUCGCCAGGUUUUCCUGUAAAAUUGUUGCACACCCUCCUCCCAUCAUCACUUGGGAGUUCAAUCGGGUCACAUUACCCCUCGCCACUGAACGAAUCACAGUCCUGCCCAGUGGUGUUCUUCAGAUUCAGGGUGUGCAGCAGGCUGAUGCCGGAAAUUAUCGCUGCAUCGCCACCAAUAUUUCCAGUCGCCGCCGAAGCACGGAGGCAACCCUCACUGUGACGCCAGGUCCCAGACCGCAGCUUCCCCAGAGACCUCGUAUCAUCGCUUCACCACAGAACAUCUCGGUGUCACUGCACCAAACUGCCAUCCUGGAAUGCAUGGCCACAGGCAAUCCCCGACCCAUCAUCUCCUGGAGCAGAGCAGACAGCAAGCCUAUUGAUGUUUACAACACCAAAGUGCUGGGGAACGGCAACCUCAUUAUCACAGACAUCAAGCCCCAGCACGGAGGAGUCUAUUUGUGCAGAGCCACCACACCUGGCACAAGGAACUAUACCAUGGCCUCAGCUAAUGUCACUGUGCUAGCACCGCCUUCUUUGGUGGAGUGGCCUGAGAGCCUUACACGCCCCAGAGCUGGUACCGCCCGCUUUGUGUGCCAUGCUGAAGGAAAUCCAACGCCUCGCAUCACUUGGCUCAAGAACGGAGAAAAAGUUCACUCUAAUGGUCGGAUCAAGAUGUACAACAGCAAACUGGUCAUCAACCAGAUCAUCCCUGAGGAUGACGCCAUCUAUCAGUGCCAGGCAGAGAAUGAGCAGGGAUCAGUCCUCACUAUGGCGAGACUCAUCGUGGUAAUGUCAGAGGACCGGCCAAGCGCGCCCAGGAACAUUCGAGCCGACACUGUGUCGAGCUCUGCUAUCCUUCUGGCUUGGGAGAGACCCCUGUAUAACUCUGAUAAAGUUAUUGCUUACUCUGUGCACUACAUGAAGGCUGAAGGAUUAAACAAUGAGGAAUAUCAAAUUGUCAUUGGAAACGAUACAACUCGCUAUAUUAUUGAUGAUCUGGAGCCAGCGCACAACUACACCUUUUAUGUAGUCGCCUACAUGCCGAUGGGAGCCAGUCGCAUGUCGGACAACGUGUUUCAGCACACACUUGAGGAUGUUCCCCUCCGCGCCCCGGAGCUCAGCCUCACCAGUCGCAGCCCCACAGACAUCCAGGUGUCUUGGCAGCCUCUUCCAGACAAGCUGAGUCGUGGCCGAGUCUGCAGCUACCGCUUGUCCUAUCGUACCAGUUCUGACAGCGCAGUCUCACAGAUAGAACUUCCUGGAGAAAAGACCCAGCAUCUCCUGGAAAACCUGCAACCCGACACCAUCUACCUUCUUCGAAUUGUUGCUGCCACCAGUGUAGGGUGGGGUGAGCAGUCCGCCUGGACAUCGCACCGCACCCCGAAGGCAUCCGGUGCUCAAGUUCCCCUGGCUCCUGAGCUGCAUCUGGAGUCUUUAAACUGCACCACUAUUUUGGUACGUUGGCAGCUGGCACCCAGAAACUCAGCGAGUGUGCGGGGCUACAAGCUAUUCUACCAUGAGGAGAGCCAGCCUGAGAGCACCCCAGUUCAGUUUCACGCCUCGGAUAAUAAACACACCAUCGGAGGGCUCGAUCCAAGGAAGAAGUACCACGUUAAGAUCCUGGCUUAUAAUGUUGUGGGAGAUGGGUACCAAGCAGACCAGACUAUCAGCACCCCUGGAUGUGUCUCUGUUCGAGAUCGCCUGGUACCCCCUCCACCUCCUCCACACAACGUGUAUGCUAAAACCAACAGUUCGACUGCCGUCUUUCUGCACUGGGGCCGACCAGCAUUCACCUCCAGCCACACAGUCAACUACACCGUCCGCUGCAAUCCAGUUGGUCUGCAGAAUGCCUCCUUGGUGCUCUACCUGCAGACGAGUGAACAGAGUCUCCAUGUGCGAGAUCUGGAGCCCAACACCAAGUAUGAAUUUGCUGUUCGCCUCCAUCUUGACCAGCUGUCCAGCCCCUGGAGCCCUGUGGUCUAUCAGAGCACCUUCCCUAAAGCUCCCAUGCGACCUCCUUCCAACAUCAAAGUGACUCUAAUCGAAGAAGACACCGCGCUUGUUUCAUGGAAGCUGCCAGAUGAACUCAACGUACCUGUGACACGCUACACAAUCCUGUACGCAUCCAGAAAUGACUGGAUAGCUGGGGAGUGGCAGGUGAUGGAAAGGGAAGGGACCAUCACCAUGGCACUGCUGGAGAACCUGAAGCCCGGCCAGGUUUACUUCGUGAAGGUUUCAGCAUCCAACGACAUGGGUGACGGUCCGUUUUCUCACGCGGUGGAGCUGACAGUACAAGAAGAUCUCCCCCUUGGUCAUGAUCUCCGGGUUUCUCGUGGCUCCACAACGUUUUCUGAUAGCUUCUACCACCUGGAUCAGAAGUCGAUGACCGGUAUCAGCGUUGGAGUCUGCAUCGCUCUCAUCUGCAUCAUCAUCUGUGCCUUCAUCAUCAUCUGCAGAGGCAAAAACAGGAAACUUUCUGCUGUGAAAACAUACAGAGAGGCAAUGAGCACAUCUGCUGCAGCUGCAAGACCUCCAUCCUCUCAAGGAGAAGCUGAGCAUGCCGAUGUGAGCGUGCCAAUGAUAAAUCAAAACCAUUUUCUUGAUGCAAAGGGUGGAACAGAACUCAUCAUCAAUUCUCUCGGCCCCGUUCAGCACACCGCUGAGAGGAAAAGGAAAUGGUUCUCCUUCAGCAGUGAUGUGAAAAAGGAGACUAAACCCACACAGAACACAAGACUUGACGCUUCCUCUUACCAGCACGGCACCACAGUGCUGACCUACGAAGAGGAGCUUUCUCCAAACCAGCCCACCAACCUGCAGACCCUGCUCGGACGUCCCGGCGACACGGAGGGAUCUUCCAACAGCGAGGGCAGCCACGCCACCGGUGACUCAGGCCGCUACUCUCAUGACGAGACUGAGCUGACCAACCUAUCCUCGGGGCCCAGCAGCCACCUUGCGUCUCCCACGGCGGAGGACGGGACCGAGUCGGACUGUAGCAGCUGCGCCGAAGAGCUGAACGAACUCUCAGAGGAAAAUCAGAGCAAACAGAAGGCGAAGGAGUCAAUGAAUGCUGGCAGCUGUCGACACGAAGCCCAGAGCAGAGUGUGAAGGCGUGUGUGUGUGUGUGUGUGUGUGUGUGUGUGUGUGUGUGUGUGUGUGUGUGUGUGUGUGUGUGUGUGUGUGUGUGUGUGUGUGUGUGUGUGUGUGAAGGCGGUAGUUUACUUGCAGAAACAUUCACAUAAUAUAAAAGUGUGCACACUCACCAGAGCUUUCUUUAUUGUUCAGUUACACUGCACGCCAGUGAGUGCAACCAUGCUGCCUGCUAUUUGGGCUGUUAUGAGUUUGCCUUUUUUGCUUUAAUUGCAUCGCAGAGCUAAGAAAUAGGCACACACAUACCCCUCUGUAAAACAAAAGUGAUAUAAGCAUGUUAAACAGGAAAAGAAACAAAACAGACUAGUCGACUAGACUAAAAGUUUAAAAAAAACCAAAAAACCAUGCCAGAAGCGGUCAAAAGUGAUCACAUUUGAGUGAUCAUGGACGAGGUUAAGCACUGCCUUAAAAGUAAUUUGAAAUUUGUCACAUUUUUGAGUAACCAAAGUGUUUAAAUGUCACUGAAAUGUGUGGCUUUUAGCACAGUGCUUUACGUCACACACAUGCGCCUUAAAGAACUAAUGUGGAGUGGUUAUAUGUCAGUUUACUCUGACAUAGCCGAUAUAAAAAUCCUUUUAAUGAGGAAAGUACUGAAAAGACACCUUUUUUUCAUGUUUUUUUUCCAUCUGCCACAGGAUAACAUCUUAACUUGCAUUGUAUAUGAAUGAUAUAAAUUAUUAGGUAACCUGACUUUGUUUCUGUUGCCAUCUUGUAAGGACGGCAACAUUUAAUCAUCUUGUCAUAUAUUCAUGAACAUCUCUGUUGUAGACUUUGAGCUAAGCUGUCAGCUGUAGCAUCAAAUUAAAGAACAUGAGAUGUGAGCGAUUACUAAUCUUCUCAUCCAGCUCUAGGCCAAGAGAGAAUAAGCACCUAAAAUGACCAAAAUAUUGAAUUAAUCACAAACAACAAACCUGAUAAUGUUAUUUUAAUGUGCAGGUAAACUGCUGGCCUGAAUGUGAGUAUGACUGUGUUGAUAUUUUUGUUUUUUCUUCUUCUUUGUUUCCACACACAGUGAACGCUAAGCUAACAAAGUCCUUCUACAGUAUAAAGUGUUGACAGGAAAGCUCGUUUUAUCCUUUUAACUUCCUUCUCUUUCUCUCUCACUCUCUUUUCAUUUCCUGUGUGCGUGUGUGUGCGUCUGUGUGUGUGUUUUUCUCACCCACCAUGAAUGUUUAAAAAGGAGUGUCAAAGUGACAUUUCUGAUGCUAUUUAAGAGUUUAUCACUGGAGCGAAAGGGAGGUCCUUUUUGCUGAUUAUCUACCUCGGUUUGCCUCAUGGGUAAACCUCCCACUGUAAAUUUAAUAACUACUUAAACCUUGCGUUGUGUGAUGGGCUGCUUCCGUCACAUUACACUUUAUACUUCCUCGUCUUCUCUCCUCGCUUUGUUCUGAUGUACGGGACAGUAAGGGCGCUGCAGCUCACUCCUGUCACUCCACCUGUGGUGUGGACUGAAGGAUGUAACACACACUCACAGUUUAUUAUUUAUCACCUCAGAUGUUGCUGAGGCACUGAGCCAGUAUUAAUAGGUCUUUGUUCAGUUUUUUUUUUUUUUAUCAGUUACUGAUAUAAUGAAUGUCUGUUUUAUCUUUCUUUUUUCUUCUUUAUGUCGGUGUGCAGUCGCCCUUGCUACUCCUGUUUUUAUACUACCUCGUUUAAGAUUUAAUUUUAUUGUCUUAUUGUUUUCCUAAACUCAGGGAACAAAGUUUAGUACGUUCGAAAAGUCGUGUAGUGUUAUAUGAUGGACUGACAGGGUAUCUUCUCAGUACUAAGAAGUUUUCGUGUGUAAUUGCCUCAAAGAAAACGCUAUGAAUGUAUCUCUGACAUUAUGUGCCAGCAGCUCAGAUGUUUGUGCUGCCCUCCCCACAGACGGACACAUCUGCGGGUUCUUUAAUGUCUGUAUGUUGACUUCUUCUUCAUUGUAUCUGUGUAAAGAUUCACACCAGAAGUGCUUGCAGCGGCAUGUCGGUAUGGAAAAGCUUUAUGAUCGGCCUUAAUGUGGACAGCGUUUCCUCAGACUCCAAAACCAAAGCCUAAUCUCUCUGAGGGAGACGCCCCACGUGAGGAUGCAACACA